AUCGGUACAACUCCUCUGUUGGACAACUCGAGGCCACUGCCAGUUCCACUCGUCUAGUGAGAUUUCAGACUGUGUCGCGAACUUUUUCAAUUUUACUUUUCACUUUGUGCUGUGAGUGACCUAAAGGCCUAAUCAUUGCUCUUCACCGACCUCAAAGGCCUCCCGGCCCUGCACCGUUUGCCAUGCCCAUGCGGUCCGAUAAUGGAUUACUGUUUUCACAACCCCCGGAUGUCAUAAAACAACAUAUAAUGGUUGCCGAAUUUGUGGGCCGUGGACAAAGUGGUUCUCCCGUAAACGGUGAAAUCCCGCAUUUGAAUUCUAAUAUGCCAGCCACUCACGGCCGAGAGAUGUUACCUGCUUCAGUCACACCAGGAGAGGAUUAUAACAUGAAUUACAAUAUGCCGAACGUCAAACACAAGGAAUUAUUUUCCACCCGCAAACAGAGGGAAUUUACGCCCGAUAACAAGAAGGAUGACAGUUAUUGGGAUCGACGUCGUAGAAACAACGAAGCAGCUAAAAGAUCAAGGGAAAAAAGAAGGUUUAACGACAUGGUGUUGGAACAACGCGUGGUGGAACUUACGAAGGAAAAUGCUAUUUUAAAGGCUCAGUUAGAAGCCAUAAAGGAAGAGUAUGGGAUCUGUGGUGAGAAUGUCGUCUGCGUGGAAAAGGUUCUUGCGAACUUACCAACCAACGAACAGGUGCUCAGUUUAUCCAAGAGACAGAAAAUAGCCCAUCCCCCAGCCCCAUUACUGUUUGGUCCUCAGAGCCCCAUCCCGACCCCAGUAAUACACCAACCAACCAUGGGAUCUCCAUCACCACAACCCUUGCCACACGCACACAAUAUGCUGCAUCCUCCACCGUCACACGUGGAACCUCCUUACAGAGAACAUUCUGAAUACCAUCCCUACCCAUUCACAUACCAUCCAACGAUGCACUACGACUCAAACAAUGCACUGAAUCUAUCCCGAUCUCGCUCCAGGGUUCAAUCCCCCUUUGAGGUUUCCAGUAACUCAGGCGAUGAAAGCGCACCGGUUGCCCUCACGACGAACGAAGCCAAUAACAGUUUACCAUUAAAAUUAAGACAUAAGUCCCAUCUUGGCGACAAAGACGCCGCAAGUGCAUUACUUUCCUUACAGAACAUCAAACAAGAACCUGGACCUCGCGCUAGCCCCCCAUGGGAUGGCGAAGGUUCCAGCGAUGAGCGUGAUUCCGGCAUCUCCUUAGGCGCUGAAUGGUCCGCCGCGGCCACUGCAGCAGCAACGCUUCAGACUCUCCACAAGCAAUCCCAGCUUCAAGCCAUGCAGGAAGCUGCGGACGGCGACACAGCCGCCAAACACAGACUGCACUCAGAAAUCGUCAGACUUUCUUCAGAAGUCGAACAUCUAAAGUCCAUGAUGAACCGUAAAGACAAGCCAAUAUCGCAGCAUUAGUUUAGGAAAUGUGUCUGAUGUGAUGAAGUGGUUGCAGAAAGGGGCCACUGUUUUUGUGAUUGAUUCUCAUUAUGGAGAUUGGACAUAUCAUGCUCCGAUGGGGCAUAUUUAUUAUAUUGAUAGGUAUUUAUUAUUAUUAGUUAAGAAUUGACUUGAAGGAUAUUUCAACCGCACAAUUACCUACCGCUUUCAUUUGCCAAUCAAUAUAUUCCUAUGAUUAUGUUUAUCCUUAUUUACAAAUAAUUUAAUUGCGUAUUAUUGGCGCUUUUAUUAGCUAUGACUUAAUAUACAUUGUUAUCAAACCUGUAUACUGUACUGUGUACUGUAUGUAUCAUCACAGCUGAUUUCUCUUUGUCGACUUAUCAUAGGGAUUAACGUACCUUUUAUUCUUAGCUGAAAUAUGUGUGAUUUUUGUAAACUAUUUAUCUUUAUGUAUAAAAUGUAUGUAUUUUUGUUAUUUACCGGGCAUAGCCGGUUAAUAUUAUCUCAUUAUUGUAUAUUUAUAAAUAUCUAUUGUAAGACUUAUGCUGGACCUUACCUCAAAGCUACAUAAUUUGUUUUGUUAAAUGAUGUAAAAUGUAUGAAUCUGUCCAGCAUAAAAUAUGCAUAUUAUAAAAAAUAUCGAUAUUUUCAUAUUACCGAUUCAUGUAUCCUAAUUAUGUAUUAAAAUAAUAAAUAUUUGCAUCGUUUUUCAA